AGAGAGAGAGAGAGAGAAGUGUUUGUCAAGCAGCACCCCAACGUUUUUAAUUUCUUUUCUCCCAAAUCCAAUUUUAUUAAAAGAAAAAAGAAAAAAAGAACAAACUUAGUUUGGUUUAGAGGGGGGAGUUCCUCUCCCGCCAAGGUUGUAAUGGCUCAGGUGGAGAGCCUGGACCUCAUUACCAAGACCAAGUCUCUGAUCUCCGCCCUCAACCUCGUCUCCCGUGAUAUCCCUCUCCCUCCUCACCUCUUCGACCUCGUUUCAUCCAUCUCCCAAUCUUCCCAGGAUGGAGGUGGUGAUUGUGGAGGGGAUGAUUUGUUGGGAGAGCUUAGGGAUGCGGUUUUGAACCAGCGGCAUAAGUGCAAUUCGGGUGUUGGAUUGAUUGACUCUGGGGAGAAGCGUUUUCGGGGCCGCCUUCAGAAUAGACUGGCCCAGCUUGAAGAGUUACCUUCAAGUAGAGGCGAGGACCUGCAGACCAAGUGCUUGCUUGAAUUCUAUGGGCUAAAGCUUGCAGAAUUGCAAAACAAGGUGCGUUCUGAUGUGAGUUCAGAAUACUGGCUCCAGAUGGGUUGUGCGUCUCCUGACAAAACAUUGUUUGACUGGGGACGGAUGCGGUUGCCUCGUCCACUCUAUGGUGUUGGAGAUGCUUUUGCUGUGGAGGCUGACGAUCAGUUCAGGAAGAAACGUGAUGCUGAGAGGCUCUUAAGGUUACAAGUGGAGGAGAAGAAUAAUAUUGAGACUAGAAAAAGGAAAUUUUUCGCAGAAGUGCUUAAUGGUGUUCGUGAAUACCAAUUGCAAAUUCAGGCUUCUAUGGCUCGUCGAAAACGGAGGAAUGAUUUUGUCCAGGGGUGGCAUGCAAAGCAAAAACAACGUGCUACACGAGCUGAGAAAUUGAGGUUCCAAGCCUUGAAGUCAGAUGACCAGGAAGCGUACAUGAGAAUGGUAAAGGAGAGCAAGAAUGAGAGGUUGACAUUACUCCUUGAAGAAACAAAUAAACUCCUAGUCAAUUUGGGAGCUGCAGUUCAACGUCAGAAAGAUGCUAAGCAGACAGAGGGCAUUGAACCCUUAAAAGACUCAGAAGGUGAAUUGACCGAGUUAGAAGAGGAUUUGGACAUCAUUGAAUCUGAUCGCAAUGAUGAUAGUAGUGACUUGCUUAAAGGUCAGCGGCAAUAUAACUCAGCCAUCCAUUCUAUCCAGGAACAGGUAACUGAGCAACCUUCUAUGCUUGAAGGUGGAGAGUUAAGGUCGUACCAGUUAGAGGGUCUACAAUGGAUGCUCUCCUUAUUCAAUAACAAUCUGAACGGUAUAUUGGCUGAUGAGAUGGGAUUGGGUAAAACUAUACAAACCAUUUCAUUAAUUGCUUAUCUCAUUGAAAACAAGGGUGUCACUGGGCCCCACUUGAUAGUGGCUCCAAAGGCUGUAUUACCAAAUUGGGUUACUGAAUUUGCAGUAUGGGCUCCUAGUAUUAAGGCCGUUCUUUAUGACGGGCGCCAAGAGGAAAGAAAGGCAAUGAAGGAAGAAUUGUCGGGGGAAGGUAAAUUUAAUGUGUUGAUCACACAUUAUGACCUUAUCAUGAGGGAUAAACAAUUUUUGAGAAAGAUUAGCUGGGCUUACCUGAUCGUUGAUGAAGGGCAUCGUUUGAAGAAUUCUGAGUGUGCUCUUGCUAUCACACUUGCAGGCUAUGACAUGAGACGUAGACUUCUAUUGACUGGUACACCGAUACAGAAUAGCUUGCAGGAGUUGUGGUCCCUACUCAAUUUUCUUCUCCCACACAUUUUUAAUUCAGUUCAGAAUUUUGAGGAAUGGUUCAAUGCACCUUUUGCGGAUCGGGGUGAUAUGGCUCUUACCGAGGAAGAACAGCUAUUGAUCAUUCGACGUCUACAUCAUGUCAUAAGGCCAUUCAUAUUGAGGAGGAAAAAAGAUGAGGUUGAAAAAUUCCUUCCUGGAAAAUCCCAAGUUAUACUGAAAUGCGACAUGUCAUCAUGGCAGAAAGUAUAUUAUCGACAAGUUACAGAUGUGGGCAGGGUUGGGCUAGAUAAUGGUUCGGGGAAGUCAAAGAGCUUGCAGAACCUAACCAUGCAGCUCCGUAAGUGUUGUAACCACCCGUACCUUUUUGUCAUGGGAGAUUAUAACAUCUGGCGUCAGGAGGAGAUUGUAAGAGCAUCAGGAAAAUUUGAACUGCUUGAUCGUCUGCUCCCAAAACUCCAAAAAGCGGGGCACAGAGUCUUGCUUUUCUCACAAAUGACUCGCCUGAUGGACAUUCUUGAAAUUUAUCUGCAGCUUCACCAUUUCCAGUAUCUUCGAUUGGAUGGUUCAACAAAAACAGAGGAAAGAGGGACUCUGCUAAAGAGAUUCAAUGCCCCAGACUCACCUUACUUCAUGUUUCUCUUGAGCACUCGUGCUGGAGGUCUUGGUUUGAACUUGCAAUCCGCAGAUACAGUUAUAAUUUUUGAUAGUGAUUGGAAUCCUCAGAUGGACCAACAGGCAGAGGAUCGAGCCCAUCGUAUAGGUCAAAAGAAAGAAGUCAGGGUAUUUGUGUUGGUUAGUGUUGGAUCCAUUGAAGAAGUAAUUUUAGAGCGUGCUAAGCAGAAGAUGGGCAUAGAUGCCAAGGUGAUCCAGGCCGGACUGUUCAAUACAACUUCCACAGCUCAGGACAGAAGAGAUAUGUUGGAGGAAAUCAUGCGGAAGGGUACAAGUUCACUUGGCACAGAUGUGCCAAGCGAGAGAGAAAUCAACCGCCUUGCUGCUAGAUCAGAUGACGAGUUCCGGAUGUUUGAGAAAAUGGAUGCAGAGAGAAGGCAAAAGGAGAAUUACAGAUCUCGCCUUAUGGAAGAGCAUGAGGUUCCUGAGUGGGCAUAUUCGGCACCUGAUAAGGUUACAGCUUCUAAAGGAUUUGAUUAUAGCAACAUCUCAGGAAAGCGGCCAAGAAAGGAGGUACGUUCUUAUGCUGAUGGCCUUAGUGAUUUACAGUUUAUGAAAGCUGUAGAAAGUGGGCAAGAUGUGCCAAUGUUUUCCAGCAAAGGAAAGAAAAGAAGUCAUUUUCCAUCUAAGAGAAGUGUUGUACCUUUGAUUGAAGAUGUGGCUCUGGUCACUGAAGAUACAUAUAGUAGUGUGACGCCACCUUCAAAGAGACACAAGUCUGAAGGACCAAAUAUAGUGAAACACGGAAGUCAUGCAGGAGUGUUCAAAAUAACUAGAAAGAAGAGAUCAAAUUCAUCCUCCGACAGUAAAUGCAAGAGUUUCAAUGGAAGAUGAAUUGGACGAGAUUGAUUAAGUUGACCCGUUAAAUACCCGAGCCUCGCUGUAGCUGCUGACAUUGUACAUGGGUUUAGAGCAGUAAACAACCAUCAGCUAACAUUUUAUGACCUUGUAAUUUUGUGUCCUGCCUGAUGCCAGUAUAACAUCUACGCAUUAUGGUUCUUUGUAUUCUCACUGGUCCGAUCAUCAGCUGCAACAUGAACUCAUUCAAAAUUAUCAAAAGAACCUUCCUUUCUCA